UGGAUCGCAGUGAGACGUAAGACGUUUGCUAGGGAGGAUGCACGCAGUAUGUUCGGCUUCUUCAGGAAACAAGCCAAGAACACCAGCAACAAAGAGCACGAUCACAGCAGCCAUGGGCCAGUAGUGGACGCGCCGGACACGAUGACAGUCAGCAACGACGAUUUCUCCCCAGACCCAGUCACCUCCGUCAGGAGGCGGUUGGAGGCCAAAGUUGAAGACCUGUCGGCUCAAAUCGCAGCCAAAGAUGCCGAGAUUUUCCAACUCAAGAACUCGUUGGGCGAGCUCACGCGGGAAGUCGGCACCAAGGCGGCCUGCAUGGAGAGGGUGCAGGCCGAGUUGGAUGCUGCGUGCAAGGAGGCUGAAUUGGCCAAAAUAUCCCUGAAGAAAUUUGUUGUUGAAAAAGAGAACUUUAGACAUCAGAACGACGAGCUGAAGGAGGAGUUGGAAAAGAGAACUAGCAGUUGUAGUGAGGAAGAUGAUUCUGACGAGGAUGACGAUGAAGAUGAGUCGAGUGAUGAGGAGGAUGAGAGCAAGGGAGAUUUGAAGAAGAAAGUCAAAGAUCUUGAGGAGCAGCUCGCCGCCGUGACUGCCGAGAGGGACCAACUUUUGGCCGCAAAAGAAACGGCCCAGAAAGAAUGGGAAGAAGAACUGAAGUCUGUGAAAGAGGCGCUGGACGAUGCCGUGGCCCAAAAGCAGGCGGUCACGGCGAAGUACGAGAAAGAGUACGAGCAGCUGCGGACGGUCAACUCGGACAGGGAGCAACAGAUGUUGGACGAUUUUGAAUGGAAACUGCGGGAGGUCCAGUCCAGCUCGAAGAAAAAAUUGGAAGAGAAGACCAAGGAGGCGGAACGGCGCAUCAAAGAUAUUCAAAUCAAGCUGGACCAACGCAUUGCCAUGCACACCAAUGACGUUGAAAAACUGAAAAAGAUCGAAGCUGAAAUAACGCAGCUCAAGAGCAUGAGUCACGACCAACAACGACUUAUCAGAGAGGCACAACGAGAACACGACAGUCUCCAAGCAAAUAUUGGUAUGCUGAAUUCGGAAAUAAGUAGGCUGAACGCUCAACUACUUAAAGAGCGAAAUGUUUUGUCGGCUGUGCAGGGUUUGAACCACAGAAAGCGAGAGGAACGUGAAGAAUUGUUCAAACAACAAUUGGAAGAGCAGAAGAAGCUAAUCACACAAGAGGCUGACGAGCGAAUCCAGACGGAGGUGCACAGUCGCCUGCAACACCAAGUGACGGAGGCUUUGCAGAGGAAGCAGGGCGAGUUUGACCGCGAGUUGGCCGCCCAGCAGAGCAAGGCGCAGGAAAAAUUGGAAGCCAGUCAGAAGCAAGUGCUGCACUUGAAGGAACAAAUGGCCAGGCGGGAGGAGCAGCACCGCAAGGAUAUGUCCAACGCCAUCCAGGAGUCGGACAGCAGCCGACUCGAACUGCGGCGCAAACUGGACAAGCUCGACCUCCAGUAUCAGGACAAGGCUGAAGCGCUAAGUGAGGCGCACGCAAUUCAAAUUGAGGAACUGGAGAAAAGAGCUAGUCAGGCCGAAAUGCAGCUGGUUUCGUCCAAAGCAACUCUGGAGCUGGUCAAACAACAGAUGACCAAAGACUUUGACGAGAAGUUCAACGAACUCUACAAGAAGCACCAACAACAAUUAGCAAGGCAAAGAGAUGAAUUGCAAGAAGUCCACGAAGAGGAAAUUGCAGCUCUGCAAGCGCGACACAUGGCGGAAAUCGCAGCCCUUUGCAAAAACAAAAUGAAUGGAGACAUCGAAAUGGUCGAUUCGGUCGCCCACCAGGAGGUCCUCAACAAACUGAGAAGCGUGCCCCAGGAAGCUGUCAAAGUGUCCCAGCCCAAACUGGCCCUCCUCCUCCCCCUGCUGGUGUGGGCGUGCGCCGAAUCACCCGGUCUCGCUUUGGCCGCUCUUUUACUCAUAACGGCCGCCUUCCUCAUGGCCAGAAACACCGCCUGAUUUUCUUUUCCGAACACAUAUGAAAAGUGAUAAAAGACAAGGAAAGACCAGUGUCGUGCUGUGAUAAAAAUUCUUCUACGCAUAUUUACUCUCUCUAUCAUUAAAAACUUUCUUUUUCGAGCGUCGGAUGUUUUCUAUAACUGAUAAUUUCCGAUGUGAAAGACUUUUUCACUAGAAUCAUUAGGAGUUUUGCUAAAUUUUUUAAUUGUUUUCGACCGAGAACGAUUUAAAGGAGGUCGAUUUGUAUUUAUAUGUGACAUAAAUCCGCAAUCCUCUUCAAUCCCAUCAAACCACUCAUUUUUGUCUUUCUAAUUGGCUGUGAAGAUUUUUUUAAUUAUCAUAAAAGGUCACCUCCUUUCUCUAAUUAUAAUGAAUUUAACAUAUUAUUCGAACACGUGAGUUCUUUGUAAUGUUCAUGAUUUAUUAUCUCUCGAAUUUUGCAACAAUAUUAGUUUAACCUUCACUUCAACUCUCUCAAGUCGUAGAGACGGCAGAAAGCCCCCGUAAGUCGCAAUAUCAUGUCGAUUCCAUUAACAUACGUACUUCAGUGAUCUGCACUGUGCUCCACAUGCGUGCGUCUGUCCUUCUCUCGCUUCAUUUUCAUCAUUAUUUUUAGUAGUUAAAUGUUAUUUUUGACCGAGCCAGUCGCCGGCCCUCCGGCCAGUGCUUGGCAAGUGUAGAAAAAGCAUUUUGUUGCUUCCCGUCUGUAUAACUCUUUGGCUGUCGCUGUCCUUUUUUUGUAAUUUUACUAAUAAUAAAGUUAGCAAACAGCUUCUAUUGACGUUUUGUUCCAACUCUGA